AACUUUUUUUUUAAUAUUCAGUGUGACUGAUAGUCUAAUACCAAAGCCAAGAGUUUCGCGAGUCCAUGUUUAUUCACUUCACAUUCAGUCUCUCUCUCUCUCUUUUCCUCCCUCUCUUUCUCGCUCUAAAAACCGCCAUUGAUGGCCGUGUAAAAAGCUUCUCAUGAAGCAUUUCCCAGCCUCCCCAGAUCUGCCAUGGACCUCAAACCAAUUCUUCUUCGUCUCUCUCUUCUCCUCUUCUUCCUUCUCUCUCCUCCGGUUUUCUCCGCAACAGACCCAAACGACGUAGCCAUUCUGCGAGAGUUCGAGAAAGGGCUAGAGAACUCGGACCUUCUGAAAUGGCCGAAAGACAACGCCGACCCAUGUGGGCCCUCCAAGUGGGACCACAUUUUCUGCGAGGCGAACCGGGUGACGCAGAUUCAGGUCCAGAAUUUGGGUCUGAAAGGACCUCUUCCCUCGAGCUUCAACCAGCUUUCCAUGCUCAAGAACCUCGGAUUCCAGAGGAACAGGUUUUCCGGGCCUUUACCGACCUUCAAAGGGCUGAGCAAUCUGAGGUGGGCUUACCUUGAUUUUAACGAAUUCGAUUCCAUCCCAGGUGAUUUCUUUGUCGGACUUGAUAGUUUGGAGGUUUUGGCUCUGGACGACAAUGCGCUUAAUGGGACUGAAGGGUGGAUAUUCCCUACGGAUUUGGCGAACUCUGCCCAGUUGGUCAAUCUCACUUGUGCAGAUUGUAACUUGGUUGGUCCUUUGCCUGAUUUUCUCGGGAAAAUGUCUUCUUUACAAGUUUUGACUCUUUCAGGUAAUCGGAUUUCUGGUGAAUUCCCAAAGAGUUUCAAUGGCACAGCUUUGACUAAACUUUGGCUGAAUAACCAGAAUGGUGGUGGGAUGAGUGGGCCCAUUGAUGUUUUCACUACCAUGGAGUCUCUUAUGGAGUUGUGGCUUCAUGGGAAUCAGUUCAGCGGCAAAAUCCCAGAAAACAUUGGUAAUUUAACUUCUCUUAAAAGCCUUAAUUUCAAUGGUAAUCAGUUGGUAGGACUAGUUCCCGAUAGUUUGGCCAGUUUGGAGUUGGAGAAAUUGGACUUGAGUAACAACCAUUUGAUGGGUCCUGUUCCGAUUUUCAAGGCGAAAAACGUUUCGUUUGAUUCGAAUGCGUUUUGUCAGACUGAACAGGGGCGUCCUUGUGCUCCUCAAGUCACGGCAUUGAUAGAGUUUCUUGAUGGGUUGAAUUACCCUUCAAAGCUAGUUUCUAGUUGGUCUGGGAAUGACCCUUGUGUGCAAUGGUUUGGAGUGAGUUGUGAUAGUGGGAAGGUCUCUUUGAUUAAUUUGCCAAAGUUAAAUCUGAAUGGCACUUUGAGUCCUUCUUUAGCACAAUUGGAUUCUCUUCGUCAAGUUAGGCUUGGGAAUAACCAUUUGGGAGGUUCAAUCCCUGAUAAUUGGACUAGUUUGAAAUCCCUCACAUUGUUGGAUCUGAGUGCGAACAACCUUUCCCCUCCAUUGCCUAGUUUUAGUACCUCUGUGAAAGUUAACUUUGAUGGGAAUCCUUUGUUGAAGGGCGAUUCUUCAAAUAAGACGGUCCCAUCACCGCAGAAAAGCCCUUCGUCUGGGGGAUUGGUGUCUCCGCCAAAUGGUUCAUUGUCGUCCCCAUCAAGAGGCUCUCAAAGCUCCAAUGGCACUUUUGAGAAUACGAAAAGCUCGAAAAGCUCCAGCUUAGUUCCUAUUGUGGCCCCUAUUGCCAGUGUUGCUGUUGCUGCUGUUUUGCUUGUAAUACCGUUGUCUAUCUACUGCUGUAGGAAGAGAAAAGAUGCCUUGGCUCCAAGUUCUCUUGUGGUUCAUCCAAGAGAUCCGUCUGAUCCGGACAAUACGUUUAAGAUCGUUGUUGCGAAUAAUACCAACGCGAGCACUUCAACAGUAACGGCAAGUGAAACUGCGAGCAGAAACAGCAGCGGAAUGGGCGAGUCCCAUGUCAUAGAGGCUGGAAAUCUGGUCAUAUCGGUUCAGGUUCUUCGAAACGUGACGAAGAAUUUUGCCCCCGAGAAUGAGCUCGGCCGUGGAGGCUUUGGGGUGGUCUAUAAGGGAGAAUUGGAUGAUGGGACGAAAAUAGCAGUUAAGAGAAUGGAGGCUGGGGUGAUUACCAACAAGGCCUUGGACGAAUUCCAGGCAGAAAUCGCAGUUCUUUCGAAGGUCAGACACCGGCAUUUGGUGUCCCUUUUGGGCUACUCCAUUGAAGGCAAUGAAAGAAUCCUUGUUUAUGAAUAUAUGCCUCAAGGGGCUCUCAGCAAGCAUCUUUUCCAUUGGAAGAGCGCGAAGCUUGAGCCUCUUUCUUGGAAGAGGAGGCUAAAUAUUGCUUUGGAUGUUGCUAGAGGCAUGGAAUAUCUUCACACACUGGCUCAUCAAAGCUUCAUACACAGAGAUCUUAAGUCAUCAAACAUUUUACUUGGUGACAAUUUCAGAGCAAAAGUCUCCGAUUUCGGAUUGGUGAAACUGGCUCCCGAUGGGGAAAAAUCUGUAGUUACCAGGCUUGCCGGGACUUUCGGCUACUUAGCACCGGAAUAUGCUGUGACUGGAAAGAUCACAACCAAAGCAGAUGUCUUUAGCUUUGGCGUUGUCCUAAUGGAGCUAUUGACUGGAAUGAUGGCACUUGAUGAGGACAGGCCUGAAGAGAAGCAGUACUUGGCCGCAUGGUUCUGGCACAUAAAAUCAGACAAGGAUAAACUGAUGGCCGCCAUAGACCCAGCCCUCGACGUAAAAGAAGAAAAGCUCGAGAGCAUUUCCACCAUCGCCGAGCUAGCAGGGCACUGCACUGCAAGAGAGCCCACCCAAAGGCCAGACAUGGGCCACGCCGUUAAUGUGCUGGCCCCGCUUGUUGAGAAAUGGAAACCGCUGGACGACGACACCGAGGAGUACUCCGGGAUUGACUACAGCCUGCCCCUUAACCAGAUGGUGAAGGGCUGGCAGGAAGCAGAAGGAAAGGACUUCAGUUAUAUGGAUUUGGAAGACAGCAAGGGAAGCAUACCAGCCAGGCCUACUGGGUUUGCAGAGUCUUUUACUUCUGCUGAUGGUCGGUAAAUGAGGAAACUUCAAUGGCUCUUUUUCUUUCCUUUUUCUUUUAUACAUUGUUAUUUCUUCUUGCUGUUGCUUCGGUUAGGUGUAGAUAUCAUGUGGUGUUUUUUUUUUUUUUCGUAAGGGGAAUUAAAUUGUUGAUAUGCUGUAGAAUUUUGUUCUACUUGUGGUAAAAAUGAGGGGGAUUUCAGUUUAUGGGAUCUCAAGAAAGCUUUGGAACUUUUUUUUUGGUCUUAUUUAUUUAUUUAUUUUUAAGUGGUUAUGUAGAUAGAGAUCAUGAUGAAUGAAAACUGACGAUUGGCUACUUCUUGA